UUUCUGCACCAGGAUAAGGCAGCAGGAUCUGGGUGAAGCCGCAACUCUCCUAGAGAUAAAAACCGAAAGAAACUUUUAAAGCUGAGCUGUUCUUCACAUCUAGGAGAACACGCAGAGGAUUAAAGGAGGUGAACAGGAUCAGGGCAACAAAACGAUAUCACAUCAACUGUGAAAUUAGACUCUGAUGCCAUAAUCGCGUUACCGAUAGCAUACUUAUGCCUAUUAAGCCUCGUUCUAAUAAGUCAAUAGCCAGAUAACAAAAUGCUUCCGCAGCAUUCAAAUCCGCAUUUAAAGCUUUCAUUUGUUGUGUUUAUUAUUCUCAAUGUGCCGAUGGUGAUAAUACUUAAUGCCAACUGGAAAUCGUUCAUUCGUACUGAUAUAGACUGGGGUUCAUCAGUAAAGCCAUAUGGCAUGGCAGGAGACAUUCUGACAACAUUUUCACAACCCGUUGCAUCUGACAAAAACACUAGUGUUCAUGACACUGAACCGGGGCAGUUAUCUAUUGGAGAAAAGAAGGACUGGCACGAUUAUAAGGCCAUGGAACGCGAUGCCAAGCGUGUGGGAAUUGGUGAGCACGCCAGGCCGGCGAAGCUGAAUAUUUCGACUCUCGGUCUGCAGCGUAAAUUGUAUGCCAGAAACGUAUUCAAUGCACUGCUCUCCGAUUAUAUAUCGGUGAAUCGUUCAUUGCCGGACGUAAGGCAUAAGAAAUGUAAAAAAAAACUAUACUUGAAGAAGCUGCCAAUGGUGAGCAUUAUUGUCAUUUUCUACAACGAGCACAAAAGUAUUCUCCUUCGGUCCGUGCACAGUUUAGUUAAUCGCUCACCGCCCGAGCUAGUAAAGGAAGUAAUUCUUGUGGACGACUUUAGCGAACUCGAAUCGCUGCACGAUUCUUUGGACAACUACGUAGCCCAACACUUUACGAACGUUCGAAUAUUGCGUCUGAAGAAGCCUUCGGGCCUGAUUAGCGCACGCUUGGCAGGAGCACGUAAUGCUACCGCCGAGGUUUUAAUCUUUAUGGACUCACACGUCGAGGCCGGAUAUAAUUGGCUGCCACCACUGUUGGAACCUAUUGCGUUGAAUAGUAGGACAGUAAUGUGCCCUACUAUUGAUUAUAUAGAGGGGUCAACUUUUACUUAUGGAAAAUAUGAUGAGGGGCGUCUUGGGGGUUUCUCAAAUGAUUUUGGGUAUGCAAAAAUUAAAAGGCCGCGUGAACAUGUGAAGCAUGUUUGGGAGCCAUUCAAAAAUCCAGUCAUGAUGGGUGGAUCUCUAGCUAUAUCUGCGAAGUUUUUUUGGGAACUGGGUGGCUACGAUGAAGGUCUUUUAGUUUACGGAGCUGAACAAUUCGAGCUAAGUUUCAAGAUAUGGAUGUGUGGAGGCGAGCUAUACGAAGUACCUUGUUCCCGUGUUGCUCACAUAAGUCGUGAUUCGCAUUUGCAUCUCUAUAAGCGGAAAAACUCACCGAGCUCUGUUUAUAACUACUUGUAUAAGAAUAAUAAACGCGUGGUCGAGGUAUGGAUGGAUGAUUACAAGAAGUUUUUGUAUCAACGACAUAAGGAAUAUAUAGGUAUUGAUCCCGGUGAUCUCACCAAACAGAGAGCAUUGCGGUCUAAAUUAAAAUGCAAAUCUUUCAAGUGGUAUUUGAAAAACGUGGCUUUCGAUGUUGUUAAUAGAUACCCCCCUUUUGAGCCGCUCGAUUAUGCUCAUGGUGUCAUACAAAAUCUUGGAAAUCCAGAAUUGUGCGUGGACUCGCGCACAAAGCCUGUUGGCGUGAAAGAAUGUGAUGGGAAUUUGGAGCAUCCACGGCGUUCACAAUUCUGGGCACUUACCUGGCGUCGGGACUUGCGCUUAAAAGCCGUAAGACGUGCCUGUAUCGAUCCUAACACGUUCGAAACUAGGGCACCACUUUGGAUAACUCUUUGCCAUACCCAAGGUGGAAACCAGUAUUGGUUCUACGACCACAGAGCCAAGCUAUUAAAGCAAGGACAGCAUAACCAACGCUGUCUCGAGUUGUUGCCGCAAAGCAAGGAGCUGAUCAUCAAUAAGUGCAACAAUACCAAUAUAUAUAUGCACUGGCAUUUUGGGUUUAUUAACCGGACUGCACUUGAUAAUUACAAUAUUAACUAUAAAUUUACGGAUUUUUAAGUAGUAUUCCAUCAUCAUCAAGCAGGUUCAACUCUUAAAUAUCCUGUUCCACCACACAAAAAAAAAUUAUUAAAAAAUUUAAUUAAUUAAUAAAAUAAAAUAAACAAGAAAGGAAUGCUAAAGUCGA